AUGAGUUUGGAUAAGAACCUGUUUACGCUCAAUGUCUCGCCUAGGCCAGACGACCCGGACAUCGUUGAGCUCAUAGACCCUUUGGGUACUAUACACUAUCGCAAACAGAGAGUGCAGGGGACUACUUAUGCGGUUGACGUUUAUGACCCAGUCGCAGAAAGCAAGCUGAUAACAGCUACCGCCCCCAAUGCUACGAGCAAACACAAGACGCUGCAGCUCUACAACCCUGACGCCGUCGUAGAAUUCAAGUACACAGGCACGAUCUCGUUCAAAUGGGCAUUCAAGUGGGAGGACCAUGACUUUGAAUGGAGGCGGGAGGAAUGCUACAUGCUGCGCAAACCUGACCCUGCCGUCCUGGUAGCGGUCACAAAAGAGCCAGCCGGACGCCUGAAAACCACCUCUGUCCAGAUCCUGGACUAUAAUCUCAACCGGUUUGACAUAGACGACCGGAAGGGCCUCGAGAUCGUUAUGCUCACCACUCUCCUCACAUUACAUGAUGCAAAUGAUGCAUCCCAUGCCCCACGCCCGACUGAGAACGCCGGUACAGCCUCCCUACCUGGGAUGAGCGGUACCACACCUCCACCGAUCCCGCCGAGACCUCCUCCACGCAUGGGCAUCGAGCGCAUCCAAGAGCUGCACAUGCUGCGGAACUUGCAGGGCGAGGGCGCAGCAAAUGAAAUUGAGGUGGGCGAGGAAGGCGCCGCCGAGGACUAUGCGGAACACGCGUUCUCACUGCUGAAGGACGAGGCAAUGCUUAUGAUCACGAUUAGCUCUGCAUCACCAGUAGAGGUGCCCAAGGUCUUGCGGGUCGUCGAGGAGACCAAGAGACUGCGGCACAAGGCCGGCAUGGAUGACGAAGAAGCGCUAUUCCAAUAUGUCACAUAUGGAUCCAUGGGCCCAGGCCGGAAGGGGCCACGGCGUAUCAACCUUAACGACCCGGAGCCCAAACACAAAGGGCCGCCAAGCACAUAUGCGCCGCCAAGCAGCAUCAUGGUACACUUGAGCAAGUUCGACAUGCCGGAGCUUCGGCCAAAGCCCGAGGUGAAGGAUCCUGGGCCGGAGCUGGGAUGGAUCGUAGACGGCGGCGCGAGCUCUAGCACGGCGCACACAGCUGGCAAGAGCGAAGACAAGGAGAAGUCGAAAUCGAAAGGCAAGGAGAAGGAGAAGGAGAAGCUCCCGAGCAGAGCCGAGGCCGAGUUGCAACGCGAACUGGAGAAGGCUCAGAAGCGUGCGGAUAGAGAACUCAAAAAAACUGGGAAAGGACACAAGAAGAAAGGUAUGUCUCGUCCAUUUGCUCUCCAUGAACAGCCCGCUGAUGGAAUAUUGGAGGCUCACCUGUAG